AUGAAGAUCCAAAAUCGCACAUUCAUCAUCUCCGGUGGCGCGUCCGGGCUCGGCAAAGGCUCCGCCCUUGAACUCAUCCAAGCCGGCGGCCACGUCGCGGUCCUCGACAUCUCCGACCCGGAAGCCGGCCAAGCCGUCGAAAAGGAACUCGGCCCAGCAGCAAAGUUCUUCCACUGCAACGUCCUGGACACGGAGAGCAUCGCAAAGGCCGUCCAGGGCGCGGUGGACUGGGCGAGCAAGACGGGGAAGCCCCUUGGCGGCGUGAUUCCGGCAGCGGGCGUCAAUCUCCCAGCAGCGAUACUUAAUAGCAAGGGCAAGACUGUCAAUCUAGACGACGUCGAUUUCGUCCUGGGCGUCAAUAUCAGAGGCACAAUCGACCUCAUCCGGCAAUCCGCAGUGCAUCUCGCCAAGGUCGAGCCCGAGGGCCCGGACGGAGAGCGCGGCGUCGUGAUUCUGGUCAGCAGCUCGAGCGCCUUUGACGGCCAGUACGGCCAGGUCGUCUACGGGGCGAGCAAGGGAGCUGUCGCGUCAAUGGCCCUGCCCAUGGCCCGCGACCUGGCUCGGUACGGCAUCCGCGUCGUUGCCAUUGCUCCCAACCUGUUUGUGACGGGCAUGUCAUCGGUGAUGAGCGAGAAGUCGUGGAAGAGCAUCUCGCAGACGUUUUUGUUUCCGAACAGAGCAGGCAAUCCGCCCGAGUUUUCCAUGCUGGUCAAGCACAUCAUCGAGAACCCCAUGCUGAACGGGGCUGUCAUCCGACUGGAUGGAGGAUCGAGGUUGGCCAAGAUCUAA